AUGGUGUGUUUACAUUUCACACAACGUCGCGAGGUAGAGAACGGUAUUGGAGUCGACGACAUGUUCAUCAUGGUUGCUGCCUGGCGACAGACUGACGCCACACUGCCCGUGGAAGAGCGCAUGCGCAAAGCCUUCUCCGAGGCUGCCAUGUCGAUAACCAUCACGUCCAUCACAGAUGCCUUGGCUUUCGGUAUUAGCGUUAUAACGUACUUCAGAUCGGUGCGUAUAUUCUGCAUUUAUACCGGCGUGGCUGUCAUCUUUGACUACGUAUACCAGAUUACUUUCUUCGGUGCCUGCAUGGCUCUAUUUGGUAGACGUGAGGCGGCGAACAGACACUGUAUGUCAUGUCUUAAAGUCAAACCUAAGGAGGAGACCGAAUCUACAGCGUACAAGAUAUUCUGCGCAGGUGAGUCGCAGCCUCCAGCCGGCCAAGAUCAUGCAUUGAUGAUAUUCUUCAAGAACUAUUACGGUCCCUUCAUCACAAGAUGGUGGAUGAUAGUUCUUAUCAUAGUCUUAUACCUUGGCUACCUGGGUGCCGCCAUCUAUGGAUGUACCCAGGUACAAGAAGGUCUGAGUCUGCGCAACCUCGCCCGAGAUAACUCAUACGCUGCUGACUUCCUAGAUAUGGAAAGUGCCUACUUCAAGCAGUAUGGUCCGCAGGUUGCAUUGGUGUUCACCGAGAAAAGAGACGUCUGGAAUCCCAUAGUACAAGACAUCAUGGAACAGACUUUAACAAAGAUGGAAGACAACGAGUAUACGUUUAGUAGAGACCAGAAUCUGUCUGCUUCAUGGCUACGAGACUAUCUUGAUUUCCUGAACUCUACCAACCUCAAAGAACCAAACCAAGCCCAGUUCAUCAACUUUCUCCGAGACGACUUCCUCAAACAUCCAGCCUUCAAACAGUACUCCCUUGAUAUUGUUUUCUGCGAUAACGGCACCAACAUUAAGGCCUCGAGAUUCUUUGUCACAACGAAAGACCUGAACACCACCGAAAAAGAAAGAUUCAUGAUGACUGAGCUGAGACAAAUUGCAAAGGAUUCAGAGCUACCUGCAAUAGUCUACCACCCAAACUUCAUCUUCUAUGAUCAAUACAUAUCAAUCUUGCCAAACACGCUUCAGAACUUAGGCAUCGCGGUCGGAGCUAUGUUUAUUAUAGCUUUAAUCAUGAUCCCGAACCCAAUCUGUCCUUUCAUCGUUACUCUGGCUGUAGCCUCUAUCGUUACAGGGGUGGCUGGGUACAUGACCUUUUGGCAAGUCAACCUCGAUUCCAUCGCCAUGACGAACCUCAUUCUCUGCGUAGGGUUCAGUGUGGAUUUCUCAGCACACAUCAGCUACGCAUACGUCACAGCAAAACAAGGUUCACGUCAGGAAAACAUCAUCCAUGCUCUGUACUCCGUCGGCAUGCCCAUCGUACAGGGUUCCCUCUCUACCAUACUCGGCGUCGUAGUUCUCGCCUUUACAGAUUCGUACAUCUUCAGAACCUUCUUCAAGACGACGUUUCUAGUUAUCUUCAUCGGUGCCUUGCAUGGACUUGUUUUCCUCCCCGUUUUCCUCCGGCUCACAAUUCCCGUGAAGACGAGUCCCCCAACGAACUACGCGAACGGUACUGCAAUGGUUGUGGUUCCAGUCGACCAUCAACCGAGGCUGGCCACCGUGUCCUCCCACGUCGCACCCAGACCGCUCUCUGCACCCUGUUACAUCAACAACCACAAGACGAUGCCCACCACCCCGUUGUCCCCAAGCCCUCCAUCAUAUCAAGACUACCUGCGAGAUUUGGCGUCUGACAGAUCAUUGCACAUCCCUAGGGCUAGGCCUAUUUUCACGUCCUAUCUUGGACGCAUCAUCAAGCCGACUGAUCUUGUGGCAGAUCCCUCAAUGCUGCACGAUUCAGUGACCCCAAAACGGGUCACCAACCUUUUGUCGCUACCAGAUCAGUCGGCCUGA